AUGCCUUUUGGAAUCAUUGACUGCAAGAAACUGGAGGUGGUUCCUGGCACCUCCUUCAUGAGCGAUCAAGAUGACUUGCCACCCGAAUAUGCCGAAGUCCCGCGAGAGCAGCUCAAGCACGGAAAGGGGAGAUUCUCCAAUAUCAUCCUGAUCCCACAGCCUUCAGACUCGCCCAACGACCCUCUGAAUUGGCCGCAAUGGAAGAAGGAAAUGAUCCUUCUCAUUGUCGGCCUCUCCGCCGCGGUUGUGGGAGCGUUUGGACCUAUGUUGUCGCCAGGAUUUGUUGAGAUCUCGGCCCAGCUCAAUAUCACCGUGGAAGUCCUGUCUCAGGCUACAGCCUGGCUCAUCCUGGCCAUUGGUCUCGCCCUGUUUCUCACAAAUCCUCUCGCCAAGAUCUACGGCAAAAGGCCAAUCUACAUUCUGGCCAUCUGCAUCAUGUUCGCCUGCAGUGUCUGGGGAGCCAAAGCCGACAACUAUAGCUCCUUCCUGGCAAGUCGAGUUAUCUCGGGGAUUGGCAUGGCGCCGUAUGAGGUCCUUGUUCAAUGCACGAUAGGCGAUCUCUAUUUCGUGCACGAGCGAGCUACGCGCAUUGCAGUGUGGAACUUGUUCCUGCUCACGGGAAUAGCUGGCGGGGCCCUCGUCAGUGGCUACAUCAUCGAAAACGAUGGAUACAAGUGGACCUUUGGGGUUUGCGCCAUCUUCUUCGGCGUACUCAUGCUCGGGGUCCUCUUUCUGGUACCAGAGACGUCCUAUCGUCGUGAUGCGGUGGUCGUCGUCCCGGUCACAGAUGCGAUCGGCGACGAAGAGAAGCCUGGGGCACAGCACGUCCACAUGGCACUAGCUCACGAACACGAUCUUUCCCAAGCACAAGGUGAGAAGGACAAACACCUUUCGUAUUCAGUGACACGGGGGUCCGCGGAGCCCAAAAUGACAUACUGGCAAUCGCUACGGAUCUUUACAGGACGAUAUAGCUACGCCCCCAUGUACAAGAUUUUCACCCGCCCGGUGAUCUUGUUCUUCUACCCGGCGGUCACCUGGGGCUUUUUGAUCUACGGCACCACCCUGACGUGGAUUGUCGUCUUCUCCGUGGUCAAUGGUGUGAUCUUCGUGGCACCGCCAUACAACUUCUCGGUGUCACAGGUCGGCCUCAUUAGUCUCUCACCAUUCAUCCUCACGUUACUCGGGGAGGUCAUCUCGGGUCCAUUGAACGACUGGAUUUGUGUCUACCUGACGAAGAAAAACAGGGGAAUUUAUGAGCCGGAGUUCCGUCUGGUGCUCAUCACCGUUGUCAUCGUCCUAGGAACUGUGGGCUUCUUCGGGUUUGGGGCGACUGUCCACUACCAGACUCACUGGAUCGGCCCAGUCCUGACCUUUGGCUUUGCAAACAUGAGUUUGGCAUUCGCCUCGACAUGUGUCUUUGGCUACGUGAUCGAUUCUUACCCAAAGCUGAACGAGGAGGCGUUUGUGGCCAUCAACGCGCGAAAUCUUCUGACGUUCGGACUGACCUACUUUGUCAAUGACUGGCUGGCAAGGGAUGGACCUCUGGAGGUGUUCUGCAUCCUUGGAGCGCUGUUCUUGCUUGUGUGCUUUUUGACAGUUCCUCUCUGGAUAUUCGGAAAGAAGAUUCGAUCGUGGACUGGAAGAAAUCAGUGGUUGCAGCGAUACAUGAACGACGACUUCUAG